CAACACCUUUAGUUAUGGCCGUCAGUCAGUUGGAAUAGAAGCCAGUGAUCGUUGCUAAAGUUUCGCGUUAAAAAUUUUAAGUUUCUUUUAUUUACGUGAUUUAAUGUGAAUUAAUUUAAUUUUUUUAACUAUAUUUGUGCGAUUGUGAAUUGAAUGGUGAUAACAUUGGUCGUAAUUUAACUCGUGGAAUGUUUAUUGUGCCCUCAACAUAAUAGGAUCAGAUCAGUGUUCACUAAGUUAUUAUUGGAUUAUUGUUUGCUGUUUACACAUUUAUAACGUAGCGCAGAUUGUGUCGCACCCGUAACGUGCAUAGAUGAGACGCCGGUAGGUGACACCAGGCGAGCGACGCCACGCUGCGUGAAUCUUUAACUUAGGGGCGGUGUGUGAGUGUCGCACCGCCAUGUCGCACCACAGCGACGAGCAGGCGCUGCUCACGGUCACCUCCGACUCGUUCUGGGAGCCGGGCAACUACAAGCGCACCACCAAGCGCGUGGACGACGGACACCGGCUGUGCGGCGAGCUGCAGGCGCUCGUGCAGGAGCGAGCCGACAUCGAGAAGACGUACGCGAAGAGCCUGCGAGGAUGGGCCAAGAAGUGGAACGACCUGAUUGAGAAAGGACCAGAAUACGGCACGAUGGAGGCCGCGUGGAAGGGCGGCAUGGUGGAGGCCGAGCGACUCUCCGACCUGCACCUGAGCGUGCGUGACCGCCUCGUCAACGACGUCAUGGCGCAAAUCAAGAACUGGCAGAAGGACACGUAUCACAAGUCAAUGAUCCAACUAAAGGAGCGGAAAGAAAUGGACGAAGCGUUCAAAAAGGCGCAGAAGCCGUGGGCGAAACUCCUGCAGAAGGUCGAGCGGGCGCGGCUGGAGUACCACACGGCGUGCAAGCAGGAGCGCACCGCGCAAAACCAGGAGAGGAACGCGAGUGGGGACAGCUCGCUUAGUCCGGACCAGGUGAAGAAAAUGGCGGAGCGCGUGGCCAAGUGUCGCGAGGACGUGACCAAGAGCAGGGACAAGUACCAGGUGGCCCUCAGCGAGAUCACGGCGUACAACCCGCGGUAUAUAGAGGACAUGACCGGCGUGUUCGAGCGCUGUCAGCAGAUGGAGGCGCAAAGGUUGACCUUCUUCAAGGAUGUGCUGUUCAGCUUCCACAAGUGCUUGAACAUUAGCCAGGAGCCCACAUUACCACAAAUAUACGAAGAGUUCCACCACACGAUAAACAACGCGGACCACCAGAAGGACCUCAAAUGGUGGGCCAACAACCACGGAGUCAACAUGGCCAUGGCGUGGCCACAGUUCGAGGAAUACACGGAGGAGUUCCGGGACAUCGCCAAGGGCAAGUCGAAGGAGAGCCUGCCCACCGGACCGAUCACGUUGCUGAACCAACGGCCCGUCAGCGAAGACGAGCUCCCGCCAAUUGUGAACAGCAAGAUGAGCAAGGCAGCCAACCACACGGAGCCAGCGCCGGUCAAUAACACCGCGUCACAGAACAGCACCGCUAACAAUACCAUAGAUAAAAAAUCCAUCAGCGCCCCCAUCGCGGUCACGAACGGCACAGCGUCAGCGCCCAAGUCGAAGCAGUCCUCACCCGCUAAGGAAGCGGGCGCGCGGCAGGACAACCCGUUCGAGGAGGAGGAGUGGGACGAGGAGUCGGCCGGCGCGCUCACCGACACCGGCGAGCCCGGCGUGCCCGUGCGGGCGCUGUACGACUACACCGGCGCCGAGAGCGACGAGCUCAGCUUCCGGCAGGGUGACUUAUUCGAGAAAUUAGAAGACGAAGACGAGCAGGGCUGGUGCAAGGGCCGCAAAGAUGGCCGCGUGGGGCUCUACCCCGCCAACUACGUGGAGCCCGUGGGACACUAACCCCAUAUGGGAUCCAAUCCGGUGGGAUUCGAGCCCCACUUGGGAUCCGCCCCGUGGGAUGCAACCCCGUGGGAACCGACAACCCACUUGGGAUCCAACCCUAUGGGAUCCGAGCCCUUGGGAUCCGACCCCAUAUGGGAUUCAGAUCCCAUCUGGGUCACCAGCCGCAUUUGGGAACUAACCCCGGGAACUCACGCAACUGGCAACCAACGAAGGGAACUUUUACACUAAGUUAUGAUUGUGUAGUAAUUUAGUGACACAUUAAAUCUGUGCGACUAUGUUUGUGUUCAUGAGAUUAGGUUUUUUAAAUUGUUCCUUUGAAGGUAAAAUUAUAAUUUUUUACUGUUUUGGUAGUGAAAAUCUUAAUAAAUUAUUUCGUUUUCAUUUUGUUUGUUAUAUUUCUUACUUUUUGACGUUUAGAUCUUUUCAAGAACACACGUUUAUCUCUUCGAGUAAAGUCGUUGUAACUGCAGAUUAUAAAAAAUUUGUCGACCAUUUGUAAAAGAUGUAACUGAUUUCUGAAAUACUUAGCAAAUUACAGAAUAAUAAUCGAUGCUAUUUUAAAAAUACAAAAAUAUAUUUACUAUUCAAUCCUUAUUAGUGUUGCAAAUUAGUAAAAAUAUUUAAUGAAUGUUUAGAAAAUAGUCAAUUGUAUAUCAGGAGAGAUCUACGUUGUUACAUGAUGGAUUUAUUUAAAUAUCGAAAUAAAGCGUUUUCCAAACAAAUAUCAGCGAUGGGCAAUUAGUUUAGAUGUAAUUUACGUGUUUGACAUACAACAGUAUAAAUGAAGUAUAAGGCUGGUUGCAGAGCUUGAUCGACCGUCAGUGCGUACCGUCGGUCCUGCUAAUGCGCAU